AUGGGGGAGGAGGAGAGUUCGUCAUGGCAUGACGUCAUUCGAGACAUCUAUAAAUCUCAAACAACCCAUUCUCCCUCCGCACAACCCAACUUCCCUCUUGACUCCUAUUCAUUCACCACCGCCGACGAAACAUUCGAAACGAUGCGACUAACACCAAUUUUUGUUACCCUCAGCCUCACCCUCGCCGCCCAGGCCAGCUGGUUCGGUGGCAGCAACUCUGAUUCAACCCACACCGCGGCGCUUCCUUAUACAACAUGGACCUCCAAGCAACUUCAGGAUUGGCUCGACGUCCACAACAUCGCUCUCCCCAAGCACGCCAAAACCGACUCCGAGCUGCGCGAGCUUGUCGGCGACAACUGGAACAAAGUCUCAACAUGGACAUACGACCAAUACGCCUCUGCCCAAAAAGCCUACGCCGACCUCCGUGACACCAGCUUCGACAAGUGGGAUGAGAGCCGCCUUCGACAAUUUUUGUUGGAGCAGGGUGUUGUUGCGCCUAAAGGUCCCCGCGAGAAGCUGGUGCUGAUGGCGAACGAGAGGUACCGCGCUUACAACAACGCUGCCAGUUCGUUUGCGGAUGGUGCCCGUGCGACUGCUAGCUCGGUGGUAUCUGGUGCUAGUGAGAAGGCGGAGCAGGUGACGAGGAGCGUGGCGAGUGCGGCUGCGCAGGCUACGCGUGAUGUUGCGAGAGCGUUUGAUCAUUCGAAGGAUUAUAUUUAUUCGACCUGGGAUGACAAUAUGCUGAGGUCGUGGUUGGUGGAACGGGGGUUGAUUAAAAGUAAUGAACAGAAGAAGAAGGAAGAGCUGCUGGAGAUGGUCCAUAAUGCAUGGGGGAAGGUUGCGAAUCCUAUCUGGGAUGCAUGGAGCAACAGUUAUAUGCAUCAUUGGCUCGCAGCCCAUAAUAUCGUCAAGCCGGAGACCACACAGGAAAACCGAGACUAUCUCAUCUACCAGAUGAAGCAGUACUACUACAACACCUCUGACAGAUUCUGGCACACUUGGUCCGAUUCCCAGCUCAAACAAUGGCUCGUCGAUCAUGACGUCAUCAAGAGCGACGCUCAAGUCAGUCGCGACAAGAUGUUGAAGAUGGUCAACGACAACUGGUACUCAGCCAAAGACACCUUCUGGAAUGCUUGGACCGACAACCAGCUUCGACAAUGGCUCAUCGAUAAUGGCUACAUGCGGUCUGACGCACAAAAGAAGCGAGACGAGCUCAUUAAGUUGGCUGAGGAGAAGUACUCCGACGUUAACGCCAAGACUGCGGCCUACUUGGCCUGGCCGGAUGCCCGCCUCCGAGCGUACCUUCGGGAGCACGGCGUGAGUGAAGAUUUGGUUCCUGGAGGUCGACCUGGACUGCUUCAAGAGACGCGUAUCCGAUGGGUACAAGCCGAGAACCGAGCCGACACCGUUCUGGAGAAGAUUCGAGAGCUCGCCAACGAUAGCGCACAGAAGGUCGAGGACGUUCUUGCCCGCAUGCUCAACAUCUUGACCACAGGCUAUAUUGACGUUCGGCGAAGUGUUCACGAGGACUACGACGCCGCGAAGGAGGGGUACGAGGAUAUGAAGAGGAGGACUGACGCCGAGUACCAGCAUGCGAAGAGGGCUGGUGACGCUCAGUAUGCCCAUGCGAAGGACCAGGCCAACCGAGGCUACAACCAAGCGAAGAAAGCUGGUCAGGCUCAGUACGAGGAUGCGAAGGCUCGCGCUGCUGAUUCUGAGGAGUGGGCCGAAGACAAGUGGGGUGACGCUAGGGAGUACACUGGGGAGAAGAUCAAACGAGCUGGCGAGAAAGUCAAAGGCGAGCUCUAAUUUCGUCGGGUUUUGGAUCUUGGGAUGCCAUGAAUCAUUGUCAGGUUCGACUUGAGCGGACUAUGAGACGUUUUGUCUAUUUUUUUUUCUCUUCAUGACCUUCGUAUUACACAUCGUCAAAAGCUCAUUGUUGUAGUUAAUCCCUUCCUGUUUGUACUUAUACUCGACCUGUGCGAUGAUGUUGGUAAUCACGGUGAUCUAGUC